AUGGCCAAAUACCUCUCUCUCCCUCAUAAGAAGGGCAGUCACUUCGAGAGCAGGCGCUAUACCAAUCCCAGUCAAGUGAUGUCGCAUACUACUACCGAAGCUACGUGCACGCUUUCCAACACAGCCCCUACAACAAUAUCGCCGCUUGACAGCAGCACCAGUCCUCGCUCUAUAUCGACCAUCUGCUCCAUCCCACCAGAGAUCCUAUCCGCCAUCUUCGAAUCUGGAAAAGAUAUGGAUCCCGAAGGAUUUCGUUACGCCAGCUUUGAAGGCUUUGAAGUCCAAAGAGAUGAUUUCACCCCCUUCGAAAGCCUCGUCUCUCAGAUAUGUGUGCAUUUUCGCCAGGUCGCGGUCAGCACACCCCAGCUCUGGGCCAGAAUUCAAAUCGAUCGCUCUACCUCGGUCGAAUAUGUCACAACAUAUAUUGGGCGUUCAGGAUCAUGCAUGCUAGACCUCCGCCUUGAUUUAAUCCAGCAUGACGUCCAACCGGACGACCCGCGUCUGGAAGCAAUUCUUGGUGUCAUCCUCCCAAACUCCCACCGGUGGCGCAGUCUUUCCCUUUCAUACAACCGCGAGUGCGCCAACCAGCCAACGGUUAUGCGGAUUUGCAACUGCGUCGCCCUUGCGCUCCAGCACCUCUCCAUUGCCGUGGACGACGUCGACGAAGCUGAUGCGACGACAGUCAAUGGCGACGUCAAUACGCCGCAUAUCUUCAGAGCUGGGACCCCGACGUUGCAGUUUAUUCGCCUGCGUGGCCUAGCCAUGCACCUUUUCAGGCCACAGUUGAAUACCGUGGUCACACUUCAUCUCGACCAAACGAGGAGUGUACCGUUGGACUAUUCCACCUUCCGCAGCAUUAUCACCUGUUCUCCUUGCUUGACGCACCUCUCCAUCUACGGUGAUAUAAUCUCUCCUCAGCCCUGGCCGGGCGAAGCAGAUCCAAUCUGCCUUCCAGCCCUCGAAUCACUCAGAAUAUCCGGUGUUUCGGGGGAAAUAUAUGCCGGAAUCCUCCUUGCCAUUAACGCCCCAAAGAUGGGUUCGUUGAUUCUGAAGGAGUUACAGGAACACGAUCUAGAUUCCUUCUGGGAUGGCAUGGAUCUGUCAAGAUACACUUCCUUGCGAUAUUUGAGCUUCUGCGACUUCGACGUCUCCGUCUUCACCUACGAGAGAUUUGUACAAGUCUUCCGCGAAAUAACCGCCUUUUCAAGCUUCUGUUCGACCAUCGUAGAGUCACCACUGGUGCGGUUCUUGCUUGAGGCAUCAAUCUCUGGUGCAGGAGAGACACCUUGGCCCGAGUUGGAAAGUUUGACCUUCCCAUUCGAUCCCGACGAAGACGAUGACGACGUGGCUGUGGAACUGGUGGAAGAGUUGAUGGGCAUCGGGAGGAACCCCUCGCUCAAGUUGUUGUUCAAGGCUAUUGUCGAAGAUGGACCGCAGCCCCAGUUCCCAUCGAACCAUGUUGUGUUCAUUUCCAAAUGGGACCCCUGGCCAACAGAAAACAUGCCUUUCGACACGGACGACGACUUAUUUCCAUAG